AUGGCCUCCCCUAUAGGUGUCCAAGGCACCCUAGCUGUCAAGACUGAUGACACAGGAUCAAGUAUAUCAAUCCAUAUCUCAGAGCCUGCAGGCUUGACUGCUGAGAAUCUUUCCUUGUCCACGUGGGGUGCAUCUUUCAUUCUGGCCAACCAGCUACACUCCAUCUCUCUACCGCCCGAUCACAGUGCCCCAGCAGAAGAUAGUGGUGCUACGGAACGACCUUGGAUGCUCGAACUUGGCGCCGGGACAGGUCUUGUCGGUCUCUCGGCGGCCGCGAUAUGGGGCACGAAGGUCACUUUGACCGACCUCUCCAACAUCAUUCCUGGACUGGCAGCAAACAUUUCGCUGAACGAGCCACUCUUGAAGCAGUCUGGUGGUUCAGGCUCAUGUGGCACCUUGGACUGGACGGACCCGGCAACGCUGCAACUCCAUCCGGAUGGAAACGGUGGCGAUCUAAUGACGGUGGACGCUGGGACCUCGAAGGCUUCAGUGAUAUUGGCAGCAGAUACCAUAUACUCUGAGGAGCAUCCGGAACUUCUGUCGAAGACGAUCGUUACGUGGAUGGCACCUGGUCCUCGUUCUAGAGCUAUCCUUUGCUACCCUCUGCGCAUGGCCUAUAUAGACCACGUCCGUGAAUUCUGGGAGUUGAUGGAAGCUGCCGGCCUCGAGUGUGCGCAGGAAGGACGAGAAAGUGGAGACGACAAUUGGAAUGAGCUCUCUCACACGCCAUACGAAUGGUGCGUCUGGCGGUGGAAGGAGAAUGAAGGGCAGAGUUGA